AUGGCGGCCAAGAUGGCCACCAACAUGGCUGCCUUGGGGGUUGGGUCUGGUGAGGUCACAGGCCAUGUGAUGGGAACAGGGUGUUCUGAGAUGCAAUAUGGCGGCCAAGAUGGCCACCAACAUGGCUGCCAGGAGGGUUCAGGGGUGGAGUUUCUGGUGGCAAAGAUUGUUUCUGCUACUGUGGACAACAGUAAAUUGCUUCUGGAUAUUGAUAACAGCAGGAUGACUGCUGAUGACCUCCGAAUGAAGUAUGAGAAUGAACUGACCAUCCUCCAGCUUGUGGAAGCUGACAUCAAUGGCUUGCGUAAGGUCCUGGCUGAACUCACUCGUUUUAGGCCUUCCCUGGAAUCAGAGUUUGAGCUAUUGGGGGGUGAGCUGAAUGCACUCAAGAAGAACCAUGCAGAGGAAAUGAGACAACUCCAAUCCCAGACUGGUGGUGAUGUGAAUGUGGAAGUCAAUGCUGCUCCUGGUCAAGAUCUGACAAAGAUGCUGAAUGACAUAGAGGAAUAUGAGGAAAUAAUUAAAAAAAACCGGAGAGAAAUAGAACAAUGGUUUGAAGUCAAGAUGGAAGAGGUGAAUCAGGAGGUCGUAUCAAGUGGUCGGGAGGUGCAAAAAAUUAGCCACCAGCUCACUGAACUGAGACGUGAAUACCAAAACCUGGAGAUUGAACUGCAGGCCCAGAUCAGCACGAAAAAUUCUCUGGAAAACACCUUGGCAGAAACAGAGGCUCGUUACGGUGCCCAGCUGCAGCAGAUCCAGGUCAUGAUCAACCAUGUGGAGGAGGAACUGGCUCAGUUGUGCUGUGAAAUGGAGAGUCAGAACGAAGAGUACAAGACGCUCCUUGGCAUCAAGACCCGCCUGGAACAGGAGAUUGCGACAUACCGAGAACUGCUGCAGGAAGGACAGCAAGACAUUAUCUUCUCUCAAGGAGGGAUUCAAGUAGGAUCCAGCAGAGGAGGUGGUAGGUCCUCCCAGUCCUACUCUUCAUCUUCCCACUCUCAGUACCAGGGUGGUGAGAUGACAGGGCCAUCAAAACAAUGCUAG